ACACACCUGCCGACGAACACACGUCCUCGAAAAAAAUCGAAUAAAUUUCCAUAGUAAGAACUCGACUUUCUUCCCAUUUCCUAAAACCCAAUUUCUCCCUCCGAGCUCUCAUCGCCGACAACCCCCGACGAGACCCAGGAGAAAGCUCUGAGCUUUCAAUCCAAAAAAAAAAAAUGUCCUCUGAUUAUCUCCAUGGCUAUGACGCAGACCUGCAGUUCGUCCCUGACCCUCUCUCUCCUUUCAACGAUUGCUACAUUGACAUCCUCCAUGAAUUCUGCAGCAGCGCCUCCGAGAACCAAAACCCAGUUCCCCAAUCCCCUCAUCUCCACAGCCCUGCCGCUGCCGUCUUCCCUGCUUCGCCCCCAAGCCAAGAGCUUGAACAUCUUAGCCUUCGCCGGGGGGCCCAGCUGCAGCCACCCUCGAAAAAUGCUCCGGAUUGCUUGAAAGGGUUCGCGGGAUCGGCUCAAGAGCUCAAACCUGAUCGAGGAUGUCAGCGUCGCGCUGGUUACGAUAGCGAGGCCGUUCCCGACGGUAACGGCGGGCGGGAGGAUAAUGCGGGCAAGAAUAUGCAGAGGAGCUACAGCACCAACUUCUUUAAUGGAACUAGGCCUCACCUUCUUGAACCUCCACCGCGCUUUGAUCUUCCCGACAUAAGUUCGCCGGAGAGGCGUUUCUUCAGUGGACAGAUGAUGAGGAGGGUCUGUAGCACAGGAGAUUUGCAGAGAAUGAAGGUAGCAACGGCCAAUUCAACGAGCCCGUUCAUGGAAGAAGCGAGCUCCUGCAGAGUGGGGCGAUACACUGCAGAGGAGAGGAGAGACAGGAUUCAGAAGUACAGGGCAAAGCGAACACAGAGGAACUUCAACAAAACAAUCAAGUAUGCAUGUCGCAAAACUCUAGCGGACAGUCGACCGCGGAUACGUGGCAGGUUCGCGCGCAACGACGAAGCUGGCGAGGCUCCCAAGGUUUCAGGCUUCGCCAGAGACGAACACGACGACCACGAGGAGCAGCUCUUGGUAAAAUCUUUUUUGACUUUUCUUUCCUCUGUCUCUCUCUGUUUCCUCGCUUCAGCUUUCAAUCCACUCACCACCAUUCUCUUUGACCCCUCUGCAUUGACGGUUCAUUUUUAUUUUUCACUCUUCUACCUUUUCUCGAAUCUGCAAGUUCGCAUUUCACCGCGGGGGAGAAGAAUUCGGAGCAGCGGCGAGAGGAGGAACGUUCAUGACCAGUUACGGCCAAACCCAGUUCCAGCACUACGGCUCUUGAUGACAGAUGAAGAAGCUCUUCGUCGCAGAUGGAGAUUUCAACGUACAUACUAGCCCCAAAUUUUUUUCUUUUUCCAUGAAAUGGGACCAUCGAAGAGAAAUCCAAAAGGGAUUUUUCUGGGCAAAAAACAGGGCAAAGAAGGGUGAAAUUGUAGGCAAUAGGAAGUUUAGGAAUUAGGGUUCUUGUUUCCUGUGCUGUUGUUGCUUGUACAUGGUGUAAUUUAAUAAUCCCUAGUGUUGUGAUGAAUAACCAGUGUCCUAUUUCCAUCUU